AAAUGCCAUUUUUCUCAUUCUCAUUCAAGAGCUUUGUUUGUUGUUUGACUGACGUAUUAAGUAGUAACUUUUUUGUUCUAGUUAAUUUAGUAAAAGAGUUUACUAGGACCUCGUUAGGCAUAAACUUAAAAUAAUCCUAUCGCUUCCUAGCUAACGUGUCAAUAGCCUGAAGUUGCUACAUUCCCACAGCACGUUAAGGCGCAUUCAAGGAUAAACUCGGGAGAUGUAGUUUCUACAACUGAUUCAGCUAACGCUUAGAGCAUAAUUUAGAUAAAAAUAUGUCCAGUAUAUCAAUUAUUUCUUGAUAUGAUAUCAUAAAAAUCCCGAAUGGCCUCUGUACUUAAAUUCUGGUUCGCAAGUUUUCUAACUUGUGAUAGAACUGACCUCUGAACUACAAACACUAACCGGAAGUAGUUAAAUGAGAAUUUUUUUUUUUUUGUGGACAACCGGAGAGGUAAGUGUUUAAACCACAAGAAUACAAAGGGCAGGAAGUACGAGACAGCUGUCCUGGUUAUACAGCAACAGAUAACACUGUCAUAUUCCUCUUGACAUGGCGUUUUAUCGAAGUUAAUCUGCACAGCUACAGGUCGAGCUGCAGAUGAGACUUCCCAUUCGCUCCUUUUGCAUCUUCAGGAGUUUACUUUAUCAAGAGCGAAAAACUGACCCACAGCGGCGAGGCUUGAGUGGUGCAGCGAUGCGUCUGGUGCAGUUUCAUCAUCAUGGUGAUGGUGGAAGCGUUAGAGUGGGCGUGGAGCAAGGUGAGGGGCUCGGCGUGGUUGAUCUGAAGGCGUUUGACCCCUCCAUGCCCUCGACGAUGAGGGAGCUGCUGGAGCUGGGAGACAAGGGCCUGGAGUGUGCACAGAGAGCCUUGUCCUCUGGUCAGUGUGUGCUGAAGCGAUCAGACAUCCAGCUGCUGUCUCCUGUGUUGGCCCCAGAGAAGGUGGUGUGUGUGGGUAUGAACUACCGGGACCACUGCCUGGAGCAGAACGCCCCGAUCCCCAAAGAGCCGAUCAUCUUCAGCAAAUUCCCCAGUGCCAUCACCGGGCCAUAUGAUGACAUCAUUCUGCCCACAGAGAGCCAGGAGGUAGACUGGGAGGUGGAGCUGGCCUUCGUCAUUGGGCGAAGAGGAAAAUACAUCAAGGAGGAAGACGCCCUCUCCUACGUGGCCGGGUUCACUGUGGCCAAUGACGUCAGCGCACGCGAAUGGCAGAUGAAUCGCAACGGGAAGCAGUGGCUGCUGGGAAAAACCUUUGACAGCUUCUGUCCCCUGGGCCCUGCAUUAGUCACCACAGAUGCUGUGAAAGAUCCUCACAACCUGAGCAUCCGCUGCCUGGUUAAUGGAGACACAGUCCAGAGCAGCAACACUGAUCAGAUGAUCUUCAAGACGGAGGCACUGAUCGCCUGGGUGUCAAAGUUUGUGACAUUGACUCCAGGUGAUGUGUUCCUGACAGGCACCCCUCCAGGCGUGGGUCUGUUCAGAAACCCUCCCGUCUUUCUCAAGAAAGGAGACGUGGUGGAGUGCCAGAUCGACCAGUUAGGCUCAAUAAUUAACAAAGUCGUCUAAACCUGCUGGGAACACGAACUAUACAUGAAGGAGUAUCAGCUGUUAAACAAACAAAUCAUCCACUUCACACGAUGAAUCAUUAUUUUCAAAAAGUUUAAAGGUUUUUUUUGCAAUGUGUGAAAAUCAGCAGGAACUGUGUUUUGUAAUGAAUGUUUUGUACAUGAUAGUACAGUAACUGAGAAGAAGGCAAAGACGAUAUUUUUACUACACGAAACGGUAUAAUUACAUGACUCAACGUGGUGUUGUACAGCUCGACCCUGGCCAUUGAGGCGUUGUCAUCACUGGUUGUAAAAAUACCCUCCAUCAGCAGCCACCCACUCCUGCUGUAGAAACUGUGAACCCCCUGACUUUUCUUUUCAUAUGAAAAAAAUAUAUAUAUAUAAAGUAUUCCUAAUUAUGCUGAAACAUCCGGCAUGAUGAAUUGAUUAUUUUUCUACUAACUUGGAGCCACUUUCUCAUGAAAAAUAGCAUAUUUCCACUUAUAGAAAAAAUGAAUACAUUUGGAAAUUAUUAGCGCAUCAAAAUGUGUCUCUCACAUUGCCUAGGAGAAAAUACUGUAUAAUUAAACUUCGAUCUUGGUUCUGAUUCAUGUACUUGCUUCAAUUUCUUUUUUCUUAAAUCACUUAAGUUGUUUUUUUUCCCCCACUGACAGGUUGUUUCAGAGAUGUAUCCCCUGACUAAUGGGAUGAGGUGACUUGCUGUACUUGAUACUUUAAUCUACCAUUAUGUCACUGAAUAAUGUCUGAAAUGAUGAUUGAUGAUUAGUAUCUGUCUUUCUCUAGGACACUUAUAUGUCCUAGGUCUACAACCUUAGCUCCAGUAGCCCCAGAAGUUCAUACAUCGGGAAAUGUUUCUGAAUGUGACAACAGAGUCACGACAAAUAAAGACAUUACUGAGAUGAUUUGCAUCAUGCAAAAUGCAAUCACAUCCCCCCUCAGAGUGUAGCAGAGUUUCUCAGACUGGGAUAUUGUUUUGCAAAAUGUGUUUUCUGGCAUGUUAUAUAAACAAUAAACCUGAUUUUACCAAGCUGA